AUGGAUAAGUGCACUAAUGACCCUAUAGUUUCUGUCAAUUAUAAAAAAGCAGAGGCACAUUAUUCUAAAUCUUUAUUAAGAAAUUAUUUUAAAUAUUGGAAUAAUUGUGUUUCAAUGAUAAAUAAGAAAAGAGACUUAUUAGAAAAAUCUGUAGCUUUCUACAAUAUAUAUUGUUUGAAAAACUGUAUUACAAAUUGGAAAUUAUAUGUAGCAUUACAAAAGGAGAAAAAAAUCAUAAAAGAUAAAAUUGAUAAGGCACGUAAAUUUUAUGCAAAGAAAGUUUUACAAACUUUCAUAAGAAUUUGGAUUAAUAGUUGUGAAUUUAUAUUACAAAGAAGUAAAAUAGCACAUGCAAUUAUGCAUUAUAAAAGUAAAUUGUUAAUAAAAUAUUUUAAUGCUUGGAAAAUAUAUCAUGAAUACAAACUAAAAAAGUUAAAUAUAGAAGAACGUGUUUCUGUAUACAAUAGAACAAAAUUGUUAAAACGAUAUUUUGAACAUUUUAUAUCGUGUGUAAAGGAAUCCAUCACAGAGAAGACAAUGAAUGAAAAUAUCGAAAUGUUUUACAACUUCAAACUUGUACAAAAGACAUUCUUUGCAUGGCAAGACUGGUAUAAUAUGAGUCUACAAAAUUCAAUAAAAAGUCAUGAAAUUAGAAACAUAUUUGAAAAGAGAAAAAAGAGUAUAAUGUUCAAUAAUUGGCGUUUAUAUAUAAUUAAAAAAAAAUGCAACAGAAGAAAGAUACUUACAGCGGGCAAUUUUUAUGAAAAAAAGUUGACAAUUAAAACUUUAAAGAAGUUUUAUAAUUAUGCUGCUUAUAGAAAAGAGAAAAGAAUUAGAUUAUCUUAUUUAAACGAUAAAAGUAAGGAAAUUAUGCGACGAUUGCAAUAUAUUUACAUAGAAAAAUGGAGAAAUGCGCUUUGCAGUGUUAUACAAGAGAAACAAAAGUUAUAUCAAGCGAUUCAAUUUUGGGAAUUGAAUGUAACUCGUAAAUACUUUUUCAAUUGGAUAGAAUUUUCUCGGCAGUACAAAAUAAAAAUGGUUCGUAAACAAGAAUUAAAUGAGAUUGCCAUUGGUUUCUUAUUGAAAAGAUUUAUUUUACAUUGGCACUUCAAGUUACAAGAUGUUCUCUAUAUACGUAAAAAAGAAUUUCUUGCAAUUUCCAUGAUGGAACACAAAAUUUUGAGAAAGUACUUUCUGCUUUGGGAACAGUAUAUUGCACAAAAAGUGAAAAUGAACGAUGAUGUGAAAGUGGCAAUGAAAUUACAUAAACAGCUCUUGUUACGAGAAGGACUUAAAGAAAUUUUAAGAAAUUCCCUUUAUAAUAUCGAUUACCAACGUGAUUUACAAUUAGGAAAUGCAGUAAUGAGAUCAUUUCAAAAUUUUGAAAUUUUAAAAGAAUACUUCGAUAAAUGGCACUCAUUCGUUUAUAUAAAAAAGAAAUCAGUAUCUGUCUGCAAAAUUACAGAUAGUGAUGAAUUUCAGUUUAAGCGUAUUCAAAUUCCAUGUAAUAAUAUAUAUAAUAAUUUUGAAACUUGCUUAGUUUUACCAGAAUAUAUGAUGAAAAAAGAUACAAUUUUAAAUGCAUAUAAUUCAUUUCACAAGUUUUCGCGGAAAAGCUGGUUAUUUGAUUAAUUUUAAUCACUUUAGAAUAACAAUAUCUUAAUUAAAAAAGUACAGUAUAAAUAGUAAGAAAUAUAUCUCUAGAAACCAUUUAUUAUAUAUAUACAGUGUGUUGCCGAAGAAUAUGUACAUAUAAUACAAGCAGGCGUAAGGUGAUUCCUUAUGAGAAAGUAAGAAAAUAUAAAAUAACAUUUUUUCGUAUAACACUUCGUUUUUGCGAAAAUCGAGUUUGGAAAUUUGUCAAGUAUAUUUGAACAUUGCUAAUUCCAGAUUAGAUAGAAAUAAAUAAUCAGAUUAUUUUACAUAUGAAAAUAAGUCAGAAAUGUAGAAUAAAAUUUAUUCACAAGAUACUUUGUUUCCGAGAAAAAUAAGUUUGAAAAAUUAUACAUGUACACUAGGACAAUUCUUAACUAAACACGUUCAAAUUCUAUUUUCUUGAAAAUUAAGAGGAAAAAUGAAUUGGAAAAUUUUAUAUCACACUUUCUAUCUAUUUUCGUAUGCAGAAUAACCUUUUUCUGACUGUUUAUUCCAAGGAGUAAUUAGCCAAAUUCAAGUACACUCGACAAAUUUUCGAAUUCGCUUUUCUUGAAAACUAAGCCUUGGAUGAGAGAGUUUUAUUUUGUGUUGUGAAUUAUCUCCGUAUAAUACAAUUACAGUAUUAUUUUCAUAAACGAAAUGCAUUAAAAGAUUUUCUUAUGAAAAUGCUUAUUUACAUUUACUAUAAUUAAUGAAAUUAUAAGAAUCUUAAGAAACGCUAUUAUAGCGAUCACGAUUCGUUAUAUCCGAAGUCAUCGUUAAUACAAUCUUACACAAAAUCAUUCAAAAUAGCAAUAUCGUCUAAGAGAGAUAAUAUAUACAAACUCCAGAAUGCGCCGUUUAUUCUCUUACUAUUAUUUCUUCCGUUUUAAUUUCUUUAAUUCACUCUGUUGCACCGAAGCUUCUCCAAAGAUUUCUUUUACCUUGCGUUUACGUUCUUCAUCGCUCUUAAUCUGUUGUUUUAUUUGUAGUUUCGUUAAGAAAGCUCUUCGUAUUUCACCUCUCAUUUAUUUUUUAUACUUGUCUCAUUUACUUUUAUACUGUGCAACAACUUUUCUCUUUCAGCUUUCUCCUUGGACAUAAUCUUAUGUUUCUUACCGUCAUAUCUGUAAAAAAUAUACGAAACUUAAUAACAUUCUUGAAUU